UCUCCCAAUGUAUAACUAGAUUUCUCUCUGGAGCCAAGAGACAUGUACUCAGUGAGCAGCUGUGCACCCUGGAGCUCUUCAAGACCCACAGUUAGGGGAAAGCAUCCUGACCAGUACAAUGACAGAAGACAAGUUCACCGGAACCUUGCUUUUGGCUGUCUUCACUGCAGUGCUGGGCUCCUUCCAGUUUGGAUACAACCUUGGAGUGAUCAAUGCUCCUCAACAGGUCUAUUGAAAACUCCCAAGGAAAAAUAAGGAUGGCAAAGGAAUUGUGGAUGGUGACACUGUGCAUGAGCUGCGGGCUGUGGCUGAUCAUUGUAGCCCACUACAGGCAUUUGCUGGUUGUCCCUCUGGAUGAACAUGAACUUCACAACUCUACUGAAAUGCAUGUGCCCACACUGCAGCCAACAAUUAAUUAUGAAGAAGAAGAAACUGAUCCAGACCCAUCCACUGCCAUAGUCACCAUGUUUUGGUCCCUGUCUGUGUCCAUCUUUGCAGUUGGUGGAAUGAUUGCCUCAUUCUUUGGAGGAUGGUUAGGGGACAAACUAGGAAGAAUUAAAGGAAUGCUGGCUGCAAACAGUCUCUCACUGAUUGGAGCUGUCUUGAUGGCAAUAGCUAAAUUUGGACCAUCUCACAUUCUUAUCAUCUCAGGUAGAUUCAUCUCAGGACUGUAUUGUGGUCUGGUGUCGGGACUGGUUCCAAUGUAUGUUGGUGAAAUCUCUCCCACAUCUCUCCGAGGUGCUCUGGGAACCUUACACCAGUUGGCCAUCGUCACAGGGAUUCUUGUCAGUCAGGUCAUUGGACUUGACUUCAUCCUGGGCAAUGAUGACAUGUGGCCUGUUCUGCUUGGCUUAUCUGGUGCGCCCGCUGUCCUUCAGUGCCUGUUACUGUUCUUCUGUCCAGAGAGCCCCAGAUACCUUUACAUUAAGCUGGGAGAAGAGAGCAAAGCCAAAACGAAUUUGAAAAGGCUCAGAGGAGACUGUGACCCCACUAAGGACAUCACAGAGAUGAAAAAAGAAAAAGAAGAGGCCUCGAGUGAGAAGAAAGUCUCCAUGAUUCAGCUUUUCACCAUGGCCAGCUAUCGACAGCCCAUUCUGGUAGCACUGAUGCUGCAUAUGGCUCAGCAAUUUUCUGGAAUCAAUGGAAUCUUUUAUUAUUCCACCAGUAUUUUCUACACAGCUGGAGUGGGACAACCAGUUUAUGCAACAAUUGGAGUUGGAGUCGUGAACACGAUCUUCACAAUUAUCUCUGUCUUCCUUGUGGAGAGAGCAGGGCGACGUUCCCUAUUCCUGGUGGGCUUGUCAGGGAUGCUUGUAUGUGCCGUUGCCAUGACAGUGGGGCUCGUAUUGUUGCAUCAGUUUAGCUGGAUGAGUUACGUGAGCAUGACAGCCAUCUUUCUCUUUGUGAGCUUCUUUGAAAUUGGGCCUGGGCCCAUCCCCUGGUUCAUGGUGGCUGAAUUUUUCAGCCAAGGACCACGGCCUGCCGCUAUUGCCAUGGCUGCUUUCUGCAACUGGACCUGCAAUUUCAUUGUGGCCUUGAGUUUCCAGUACAUUGCGGAUUUUUGUGGGCCUUAUGUCUUUGCCCUCUUUGCUGUGAUACUCCUAGGUUUUACUCUGUUUACAUUUUUUAAAGUUCCAGAAACCAAAGGCAAGUCUUUUGAAGAAAUUGCUGCAGAAUUCCGGAAGAUGAGGGGGGGUUCCUUUACAGGACCCAAAACCGCUGUUGAACUGGAAUACCUUGGAGCCAAGGAGAAUGCAUAAAAAGGAUCCCCAGGCACCAAGACAUGAAAGCACAAUUUAUUUUGCAUGUGGCUCUUCUAAAGAACUCAGUCCUAAAGAAUUAUUUUAUUUUUUUAGGAAAUAUAAAAAAAAAUUCCCAAGAGGGAUUUCAGCUGCUUCAAUUUUCAGGACUCUGAUGGUGCAUAUUAGGGUGGCAGGCUCUGGGUUCUAAUAUUCCUCCCCCUAUCUAAUGUUCUCUUCCCGUGUUGUCUUCAAGCUGGAGAAUACACAAGAUAUAUUUCCUCUUAACAAAUUAUUAAUUCUUUAGGAACAUCCCAAAGCAUCACCAAAUAUCUAAAGGCACAGCUAUUAUAUAUGUAUUUUGGAUGUGUUUAAAUUGAAAUGUCCCCAUCCAUAGUUCUUUAUAAACCUAAUUUUACAUUUUAUAUUUUUAUGUACAUUUUUCCAGUACUGAUGUGUAUAUUUAAACAUGCUUUUUUUGGAGGAAAAAAGUCUAUUUUCUUAUUUGUAGAGUUAGAAAAGCAAAUCCAUCUUUAAGCAUUCAGCUUAGGUUUUAGAUUCCUUAUUAAAGGGAAAAAAUGUUUUGCUAAAUAGAUAUUGAAAAAGGUUUCUUUUUUGACCAAUGUCAGAAGCAACUUGUGUUACCGUCUUACAAAUUAUACCAAUUAAAAAGGGGAGACUUUCCUAGAAACAACCUUUUAAAAAUAAGUUUUAGUUUGUCAACUUGCUUUAGACUUGUGGGCUUUAGUUUUCUGAACCACAUUAGAGAGCCCAUCAGAAACAUGUCUACACAGGAAGUUAAAGGCCAGGGAAGAACAGAGUAAAAGAAACAGUGUCAAUUUAGCAGUAUUCAUGGAAAAAAAGAGCAUUUCCACUUAAUGGUUUUUCUGUGAUUGUGGCUAGCUAUGUCUGCCUAACAGCAAAAGAUCUGAUCUGUUCAUCAGUUCUGUGAAGAGGAGGAGGGGAGUGGAGAAGAAUCAUCCAUUUGACAACUUCAGUGUCACAGAAACUAGAAUGAAGGGAGUAGCCAUGCUGACAAUAUUGUGGAUCCUUGGAGUAUUUAGGCAAUCCACCAGCGUAAUUACAUGCCAAGCACUGUGCCAAGCUCUGGGGAUAAAAAGAAAGGUGCGGUAGUCCCUGGAGCAGCCUGAAUUCUACUGGGGGAGACUAAUGGAAAAUAUCUAGGUCAAUGCAAAAUACAUACCAAGUAGAUGGAAGGUAAUCUAGGAAGAGAAGGUACUAGCGCCUGGAGGAAUCAGGAAAGCCUUCCUUCAGAGGUUGGUUUUGAGCAGGAUCUUGAGGAAAGCAAAGGAAAAACAGAAACUAAACAAGUGAUUUAAGUCUUUGCUUUUCAGAGAAUGGUUUUUGUACCUUACUAAAACAGUGCGCAGAUGUACAAUGUGUCCAUUUUAACCUAUGAUGUUUUAAGUAAAAAUGUUUGUGAAAA